AUGGAUUCCGAGACAUACCAGGGUUAUCCUCACUAUGCGCCUGCAGACUAUGGGUUAUAUCACUCGUCUCAGUCACCCUCUACUGGCGGUGUCUAUACGGCGGACCAAUCACAAUGCCUUGUAACCGGCGGUCGACUGUCUCACAGCCAGCUCACCGGUCCUGUAUACCACCAUCAUCCCCAGGAUGGCGCUUACUCCCACCACCACGACCACCCAUAUACGACUCAGAGCCUGUAUCAUGGUGUAGAUCCUGUCUACGCCCAUCCUCCCGUCGACACACGACCGUUCGCUGAUAGAUAUGCGCUUACGACUGGGACCCCGGCAUAUCCUUCAAGUGCAAUACGUACGACAAAUGUGCCCCUGCACUCGCCCCAUCCUGUCUCCGCAGCUUCCGCUCCUCUACUCGAUGCUUUGUACGCCCCAUCUCCUGCUUCAUCUUACUUGCCGAGCGAACACCACCUUUCCAUGGCCGACUUCGAGGGUUCUCGCCGUAUGAGCGUCCCCGAUCUACACAGCCAGCACUAUCAGACCGACUUCGUGCACACUCCCCAGCCCCAUCCUGAUGGAUCACGUCGCAUGAGUGUCCCCAAUCUGCACUAUCAAUCUAGUACUGGAACCGCAUGCAGGCCGACGACCUCGAGAAUGGCUACCUCUCACUUACCGAUAUCCGUUACCGCCGAACCGCCGCCCGUAUUCCAGUCCCCGGAUUACGGCGCGCCAUCCGCACCCUCGUUAUCGUAUCCGAAAGCCCAGCUGGCGCCGCAGGGCUCGGGUGCUGACCUCAUGGAAUACUACGCAAACCUUCAUCGUGAACCGUUCCAGACGCCGUGCCAAUUGCUCGAUACACUUCUCAGGAGUGGCUCGUCGGGAACUGGAAACCCGCAGCUCGAUCCCCUUCCCAUGGAGCAGUCGCGAGAGGAUAAGGAGAAGAAGCAGACGGAAACGUCUCGUCAAGCUCGCUUGCGUUAUGUGUCCGAGUCUGUUGGGUUCCAGACAACAGACCCGGACACCAUGUCCUGUCAUGAGAAGAAGCGCAACUACAUUGAGAGCCUUGAGAACUACGUCGGCUGGCUGCGCUCCAAGUGUGAGCUCGACGGGGUCGAGGCGGGGGAGAUUCGGCGACUGUCUGGCCAGCGCCUUUCAGAAUACAAAGGCUUGAAUACGCGCAGCGUUAGGACGAUGAUUGUGCACAUGCAGAUGAUGCUCCGUGCAGACCACUUCGACACCCUGCGGGAAGAAGGUGAUUUCCUUCAUCUGCGUGAACGUGUAAUGGCGCAGGAAGAGGAAAGGGCGUACGCUGGCUCCGCUCAGAUGAGGCGCGGUCUCUGA